UUGUACGGAGUCAAAAACCUCAGCUGCAUCGCGUCCUCCACCUAUUCCUUCACACAAUGGCGGCGCUCCUCGGUUACGUCAAGCGCGUAUACACUAGCUUCUACCCACCCAUCGCAACGAAGAACACAGGCGCGCUGCGGAUCGGUAUUCUGGGAGCGGCAAACAUCGCUCCUCUCGCCAUCAUCAUCCCGGCCAAAUCGCAUCCCGAUGUCAUCGUUGCAGCCGUCGCUGCACGCGACUACAAGAAAGCGGAAGCGUACGCGAAAAAACAUGGCAUUCCAAUCGUGCAUAAAACCUAUGAUGAUGUGAUAAAUGACCCGGCUAUCGACUGCAUCUACAACCCUCUACCUAACGGAUUACACUACGAGUGGACACUCAAGGCCUUGAAAGCGGGCAAACACGUCUUACUGGAGAAGCCAUCUGUCUCAAACGCCGAGGAAGCGCGGUCCCUCUUCUCACAUCCGAUCCUCCAUGGCCCCGGUGCACCUGUCUUGCUGGAAGCUUUCCACUAUCGAUUCCAUCCCCUGUGGUCGACCACUCUGAGUUUAUUCGAGAGCGACGACGUCGAAGAAGCUGUCGCUACCAACUCGUGUCCCGGAGGUAUGUUCCCGAGAGACGACAUCAGGUUCAUGUACAGUUUGAGUGGCGGCACGUUGAUGGACCUCGGGACAUACACCAUCAGUGCCAUCCGCGGUAUCUUCAAUGAAGAACCACUCCGCGUCAAAUCGGCAACCUGCAAGACUGUCCCGGCGCCGUUCGACCAGAAAUGCGAUGAAGCUGUAUCAGCCGAGUACGAGUUUUCUCGUGGCCGCGUCGCAACGAUCAACUCCGAUCUCCAGGCUUCCGGCGGUUAUCCAUUCCCUGCAGUCACGAAGAACUGGCCUAGUCUGAGGAACUUGAUUCCCAAGCUCGUGAUUAAAAUGAGACCAAGGUCUGAAAAAGUCGAUGAUGGGCUCGAGAAGACGACGACGAAGACGAUCAUUGUGUGGAAUUUUAUGGCUCCAUUCUUGUAUAACCGAAUCGAUUCAAUCACCAAGGUCCAACUCAGAAGCCCCGACGGAAAAGUGAUAAAAGAAAAUGAAACUGUCGAGUACACGAAGGCUUACAAGUGGCCAACCGAUCAAGAUAACAAGAAAGGUGAAGAGUGGUGGACAACAUACCGAUACCAGCUUGAAGAAUUUGUAAAUCGCAUCAAGAAAAGGAAGGGCUCGGGUGUCUGGGUGGGACCAGAAGACUCGAUCAAACAGAUGGAGAUGAUCGAUGCGACGUAUUUGAAAGCCGGGAUGCCUUUGAGACCAACAACUCGAGCCCUGGAAGCUUCCAACUAA